AUGAAACUCCCAUCGAUUAUUAUCGCAGCUACAUCGUUGUGUUCAAGCACACUGGCCACCAAUGUGACGAUCCUUCGACCUAAUGAACCAUUCGUCCCCAAUGACACACUACCCCCAUCACACGCCGAUUCUGAUGGAGGAUCAAUUCUUCAGCAUUUUGCGAACCUUGGCCGCUCAACGGAAUGGAAACUAAUUUCCAAGACACACUUCGAAGGCGACACGGGCGAGCCAGAAGGAAUUGUCCGCUUCGGUGACGACCGAUACAUUGUUUCAUCUGGAGUGUAUACAGUUGCAACGAAAACAUACGCCCAUGAAAUCAAUGGAACCGACCGUACUCCCGGUGCGGGUUAUGCACACAUGCUUCUCUACGAUGGUAAAGGUAGACUCAUUGCAAAUGCCACUAUGACUCCCCCAGGCGACAUUGAGUACCAUACGGGUGGCAUUGAUUACGAUGGCCGCUAUAUCUGGGAUGCGAUCGCUCAGUACAGACCUAAUACGACGGCUACAAUUGCUCGAAUCGACCCAUUUACAUUGCAAAAGGAAGAUCUCUUCCGUGUCCGUGAUCAUAACGGAGGUAUUGUGCAUGAUACCAUCACGGAUGACCUUGUCACUCUGAACUGGGGUAGUCGCAAUGCUACUACCUGGUCUCUGAAAGACUAUCCCCAGGCCUUUACUCCUCUUCCAGGCUUUACUGAGCCGAGGUCUAAUGUGCCGAAUCCGACGUUCUUUGUUGAUUACCAGGAUUGCAAAUUCCUCGGUCAUCACCCUCUACCGAGUUCUAUGAUUGCUCGGGUUGGAGGACACAGUGACACAUUCAGUGCGACACGGGCAAUUAUGUUUUGUGGCGGUGUUGCUACGUUGGAUUACCCUUCGUCAUCAGUCGAUCUGGGUGGUAUCGCAUUGAUUGAUCUCCAGACAAUGCUUCCACUUUGGGAGGUGCCUAUCACCUUGACGAGUGACCUAGGAGUUUCCAUGACAGAGAACCCCAUCGAUAUUGCUGUUGUGGAUGGUAAAUUGAAGAUUUAUUGUCUCCCAGAUCGACAUAAUUCGACCCUGUAUGUUUACGAGGCUGCAUGA